AUGGCUGAGAAGCAGGUCCAGGGGCAGGAGGCUGAAUGCCCCAUCUGCUGGAACCCUUACGACAACACUUUCCGCACCCCCAAGGUCCUUCAGUGCCAACAUUCCUUCUGCAUUGAGUGCCUGGCUCAUCUCAGCUUGGUGUCCCCGGCCCAGAACCGCUUGCAGUGCCCACUCUGCCGCCACCUUACCGUCCUCCCUUCCGACCAGCCCGUCACUGAGCUGCCCACCAAUGAGGCCAUCUUGCGCCUGCUGCGCCUGGAGCCCAACCACAUCAUCCUGGAAGGCCGGCAGCUGUGCUUGAAGGAGCAGCGCAAGAGCAGGUACUUCCUCCGCCAGCCCAGGGUCUACACCUUGGACCUGGGCCCAGUGACAGAUCCCAGCAUUGAGAGCUACCGUGAGCAAAGCCGCCCGGCUAGCACCACCACUGCCGCCACAACCCUGCCCAACCGCCACCGCUCCCCCAUGUGGGUGUGUGCCUGCAACCCCCAGCUCCGGAUUUUCACCUACCUGAUGGCUGUCAUCUUAAGCGUGACUUUACUACUCAUCUUCUCCAUCUUUUGGACCAGGCAGUUCUUUUGGGGGUGGGGGUGACAGGGACCAGCAGCCUUCUCAGGUGGAAGAUGCUGGGAGCAGGGUAGAGGUGGUUGGCAAGCAGCAGCAAAGUGUUGGGAGGACUAACUUGUGUGUGCCACACAGCCUGCCUUGAGUUCUCUAAGCCAGCUCAAGUGUGC